AUGCCAGACAAUCCUGACGAGCCCGAGGAGCAGGUUUCUGUUGAUCAGCUAACUCCUGAGGAAGCCAGUCGCAUCAUUCAUUCUCAUCGCAAAGUUCGAUAUGGAACCGCGUGUUGGCCAUGCCGCCAGCGAAAGGUGAAGUGCGACAACAAGCAGCCGUGUGAGAACUGCGUGAAGCGGGAGCAUGCCCAGCUAUGCUCCUAUAAGCCCAACCGGUCAUCUGCUUCCAAGGCGCAGCCGUCUGCCUCCGCGGAGAAUACCUCACGGAAGCGGGCUCGGUCCUCCUCAGAUGCUCGCGAUGCAAAUUCAAGAGAAGGGCCACUGAAGACUGAACGGCAAGACAGCUGGCCCCGCACAAUAGCCAGUCUUGAGGAUUCGGACGGGGCUACUGAUCGCUACCUCGGGCAGAACAGUAUUCCAGCCCUGCUGCGGGAGCAGUCAUCUCCCACCGACAAGAGCGACCGUGUUGAUAUCCGUCAGGAUAUGAGACCUAUCCUAGGCCUCGAUACGUCAGCACCGUUCCCUCUGAUGUCCUCCAACCACCUGCUUCGCUUAGCCCAGGACAUCUCGGCGGAGCUUCCCUCCGACCGAGAGGUGAUGAGACUCUUUCGAACAUACAAGGAAAUCCCUCAGCCCUUCUGGGGCUUUGUUGUUGACAUUGAUGACUUCGAGGCCAAAUUGAUGGUUUACUUGGAAGAGCGUUCGCGGAACGCCGUCACUAGCAGUACAGUCAAGUCACCCAGAAAGGCCACAGCAGCAUGGCUUGCCAUCCUAUUUGCUGUCCUAGCUGUUGGCUCCCAAUAUCAUGAAUCCCCUUAUCAUAUCCGAACAAGAGCUUCACAGAGAUAUAUCCAAAUCUCGUUCCAUUUUCUCAGGCUGGGGAAUUUUCUCCUACGGUACGUAACGCGCAUCCCUGCUUUCCGAAGCCGAUCCUUAGAUCAGGCCACUUACACAGUCAGGCCUUCAUUCGACUCCAUCCAAGCCCUUCUGCUCACGAGCUUCGUGCUUCUCAAUGAUAUGAAAGCUGAAGCAUCAUGGGCCUUGACUGGACUCACAUGUCGCCUGGCCCAAUCUCUCGGCUUGCAUCGGCCCAAUGCCAACGAGGGCCGCGAAGACGCACCACCUGAGGUCAAGUUGAAGGACAACAUUCGGCGCAAGUUGUGGUGGACCUGUGUUUGGCACGACACUCUGACUUCAUUGUCAUUCGACAGGUCACCAAUGACCAACUUCCCGAGUUGCCGAAUUCCUCUCAAGUCGGACCCUUCUAUUAGCAAUUACACAUACAUCGAGACUAUGCAUCAUCUCAUUGAGAUUAUUUCUCGACGAUUGAAUCCAGAGUCAAUGGCCACUGCCUCUUAUGCUCAAAUUGUCGACCAUUGCGAGGCUGUUGAGAAUCUGCGAUCGCAUGCCUGUGCCCAUAUCCAGGACAAGGAUCAGUGUAAAACAGCUUUGGACCGCUUGCAGUUUUUCGCUAUUCGCCUCCACACAUCGUUUGUUAUUUCUGUCGCAUGCCGUCCUGCCUUGAAAAGAGAUAGUGAGUUCGACACCAACCAGAAGAAAGUGCUUGUGGAACGAUGUAAGAUCAACCUCACCGAAACGGUGAGGAUGUUCCUGGCUAUGCACCAACUUUCUGUCAUUCCUACUCGGAGUUGGGCAUUCACCUACCACGGCCUUUCCUCCGCUCUUCUCCUUGGGCUUCUCUGCGAAACCAAGACCGAUCCCGAGGUGCGACAGCUCCAAGGCGAUCUCAUAGCGGCCCUGUCAGCAACCGCUGCCAAGGAGGCGUCCCCAGAUCCCCAUAUUCCUACCACGGAUAAGGACAUUGAGCUCUCCGGUCCUCUUUGGAGGGCUCUCACCGCGCUCAAGAACAUCUACGAUCACGGGACCAUUGGGCGCUCGCACUUGAGGAAGACUGUUGACCCUUCAUCAGCCGGUGGCAGCGGAGACAGAACGCCUCUGCAGGCAUAUGCACUAACCAACGGCAACGGCAACACCCAGCCACAAAUUCCAUUUACAAAUGCCCAAUUCGCGGGUAUUCCAUCUUCCAGUGACCCGCGCGAAGAUGCAGCACUUGCCAUGGCAGAGAUGCAGAAUGGCGCCUCUCUUCAGGAAUUCAAUGGGAACCCAUACGCCACCACACUCCCGCCCAACAUCAGCCUGGAGGAGAUGGCCGCCGUCAGCGUUGAUCCGACACAAUACAUGGCUCCGAUGGAGCUGUACGAUACCAUUUGGGGAGAAUCACCCCCCGAUCCAUUCAAUGGCGGUAUGGAUCCCGUCACCUUUGACUUUCUCGCCCAGCCUCCACCUGGCCAACCGCAGCAGCAGUAUUAUUUUUGA